UAUAUAAUCGCUGACGGCGCGCUGCCCGGCAACAGUUUGAAUUCGUAUUCCGUGAGCGACGACAGUGCGGUUCAUUCAACGAGACAUUUCGAUAUUGCUAUUGCAAGUGCGACUUUUUUCGGUGUGAUACACAUUUGUUAUUUUACUGCGCGUGUUUUCUAACACAAGUCAAAGAGUAAUCUUCAAUCGUUAUUGCGAUCGAAUCGCGGUGCCGAAAUAUUACACUCUCGUAUUUACGUGUUUUAAUAUUGUGCGUGACUAAAGUCGACAGUUGACGAGAUGACCGGACGUACAGCUAUUGGUAUCGAUCUGGGCACCACAUAUUCAUGUGUGGGUGUCUGGCAACACGGCAAAGUGGAGAUCAUCGCCAACGACCAAGGUAACAGGACCACCCCGAGUUAUGUGGCGUUCACCGACACCGAACGGUUGAUCGGCGACGCGGCCAAGAACCAGGUGGCAUUGAAUCCCGUCAAUACGGUGUUCGACGCCAAACGGUUGAUCGGCCGUCGUUUUGACGAUGACAAGACACAGGCGGACAUCAAGCACUGGCCGUUCAAAGUGGUUAGCGACGACGGCAAGCCCAAGAUCCAAGUGGAAUUCAAAGGCGAACGGAAAGUGUUUGCGCCCGAAGAAAUCAGUUCAAUGGUACUGACUAAAAUGAAGGAGAUCGCGGAAGCGUACUUGGGCCGUAACGUUACGGACGCCGUUAUCACCGUGCCGGCGUACUUCAACGAUUCACAGAGACAGGCGACCAAGGAUGCGGGUGCCAUAGCCGGUCUGAACGUGAUGAGAAUAAUCAACGAACCGACGGCUGCGGCUUUGGCGUACGGUCUGGACAAGAACCUAAAAGGUGAGAGGAACGUGUUGAUAUUCGACUUGGGCGGUGGCACGUUCGAUGUGUCGGUCCUGCAGAUCGACGAGGGUUCGAUAUUCGAAGUCAAGUCCACGGCGGGCGACACGCACUUGGGCGGCGAGGACUUCGACAGCCGUCUGGUAUCUCAUUUGGCAGACGAGUUCAAGAGGAAAACCAAAAAGGACGUGCGAUCCAACCCGAGGGCGUUGAGACGGCUAAGGACGGCCGCCGAACGGGCCAAGAGAACUCUGUCGUCCAGCUCGGAAGCCACUUUGGAGAUCGACGCUCUGGUAGACGGUGUCGAUUUUUACACUCGUGUGUCCCGGGCCCGUUUCGAGGAACUGUGUUCCGAUCUAUUCCGUUCGACGCUGCAACCGGUUGAAAAGGCGUUGGCGGAUGCCAAGUUGGACAAGGGAGACAUACAGGACGUGGUACUCGUGGGCGGUUCGACUAGGAUCCCGAGGAUCCAGACUCUUCUGCAAAACUUCUUCUGCGGCAAGCCACUCAACCUGUCCAUCAAUCCCGACGAAGCGGUAGCUUAUGGCGCGGCGGUGCAGGCGGCCAUCCUCAGCGGCGAUACGAGUUCUGCAAUUCAAGAUGUGUUACUCGUAGACGUCACCCCCCUGUCGCUCGGAAUCGAGACCGCGGGCGGUGUGAUGACCAAGAUCGUCGAACGCAACUCUACCAUUCCAUGCAAACAAACUCAAACGUUCACCACGUACGCGGACAACCAACCGGCCGUCACCGUGCAGGUGUUUGAAGGUGAAAGGGCUUUGACAAAGGACAACAAUCUCUUGGGAACGUUCGACUUGACCGGCAUACCUCCAGCACCCAGAGGAGUGCCCAAGAUCGAAGUGACUUUCGAUAUGGACGCCAACGGCAUUUUGAACGUUUCGGCCAAGGACAAUAGCUCUGGGCGCUCCAAGAACAUCGUCAUCAAAAACGACAAGGGCCGUUUGUCUCAAGCCGAAAUCGACCGUAUGCUCAACGAUGCGGAACGGUACAAGGAAGAGGACGAACGACAAAAAGCGAAGAUCGCGGCCAAAAACCAGUUGGAGAGCUACGUGUUUGGUGUUAAACAAGCGUUGGAGGAGGCUGGCGACAAGUUGACCGAGUCAGAGAAGAACACAGGCAAAAAGGAAUGCGAUACUGUUAUCCAGUGGUUGGAUAGCAAUCAGUUGGCAGAAAAAGAUGAGUUCGAGUUCAAGCUAAAGGAAAUCCAAAACAGCUGCGCGCCUCUGAUGUUGAAGAUCCAUGGCGGAGGACAAGCCGGAGCAACUAACAUGCCUCCCGGUGCUGGUGGUUUCCCUGGAGCUGGUGGUUUCCCUGGAGCCGGUGGUUUCCCUGGAGCUGGUGGUUUCCCUGGAGGCGGUGCCCGAGGACCUACCGUUGAAGAAGUAGAUUAAUUCUGUAACUAUCUGAUCUAAUAUUUUUAAAUAACAUUGUCAACUUUAUCCUAUAUUAUGUUUCCUACUAUAUAGUAUAUAUUAUCAUUAAAUAAGUGCACAAUAGAUUUAAGUUAGAUUUAUUUGUCAUUGUACUUCUUAGUUAUUAAGUUUUCGGCCAAAUAAAUAUUUACUAUUACCUUAUUAGCUGUGUA